CCCUGAAGCUCUUUUGGUUUCAAUAGUCUGGGUAUUGGCUUCAUGUGUUGUUUUGGUUCACAGAGAGGUUUCUUCUUGGAAACCUUGUGACAGUCAUUACUAGUGUACUAUGUUGACCCCUUUUGCCUACCAUUGAUGAAGUUUUGAAAGCACUAAAGUCAUCAAAGUCUUUCUUUGCUCAGAAGUGCCUUCUUCCUCUAAUAUGUUCAUUCACCUUUUUGUUUCUGAUUACAAGACACUGUUUAAAGCCAGUGGGUUGGUUUCACAGGAUGCACUUGAGAAAAAAAUAUCUAAUGAACAGAAAAUGGCGAAAUUCACAAGAAAUAACUCUUGUGCCUACGUUUUAGAAAAAAUUGGGAAGACCAUAGCAUUGAAGAUCAGCAUGGAAACCAUGCAAGACAUCUGAGAAAUCCUGUGACAUAUUCUAUGAAAGCAAUGAAGGAAAUCAACACAGAGACACGUGCAGCCACUGUCCCCAUCUUAAUUCCCGCAAGAAUAUUUCUACUGGAGUAAAACUCUAUAAAUGCACCAAGUGUGGAAAUGGCUUCAUACAUCUUUCUUCCCUUAAGAGGCAUGUCAGAUCUCACUGUGGGCAAAAAACAUAUCCAUGUUAGGAAUGCAAGCAGGCUUUCAUUUGUCCCACAUGCCUGAGAACUCACACUGGAGAGAAACCCUAUGGGUGUAAAUUAUGUGGUAAAACCUUUCCUUAUUUCUGCUCCCUCACUCAACAUAUCAGGAUUCACACCACAGAGGAAAACAACGAAUGCAAGCAAUGUGGGGAAACCUUCCAUGAAUUCUCCAGUCUCACUAGACACAUGAGAACUCACACUGGGGAGAAGCCAUAUAAGUGCAAGGAAUGUGGGAAAGCCUUCAUUUAUCCCUCAAUCUUUCAAAAACACAUGAUAACACACACUGAAGCCGUAUGAAUGCAAAUUAUGUGGAAGAGACUUUUACCAUUCUUACUCCCUCAUUCAACAUAGGAAUAUACACACUUCAGGGGAAAACCUAUGAAUGCAAGCGGUGCAGGCAAGCCUUCAGUCAGUUCUCAAGUUUUACUGGGCAUGUGCAAGUGCACACAGUAGAAAAGCCAUAUAAAUGUAAGGAAUGUGGAAAAGUCUUUUUUUAUCCUUCAGUCUUUCCAAGACACAUGAUAACACACACUGGAGAGAAGCCCUAUGAAUGUGAGUCAUGUGGGAAAACUUUCUGGCAUCCCUACUCCCUCUCUCAACAUAUAAAGAGUCACACAGGGGAGAAAACCUAUAAAUGCAAGCAUUGCGGUACAGCCGUCCCAGAGAUCACCAGUCUUACCAGACACACGAGAACUCAUACUGGGGAGAAGCCAUAUAAGUGUAAGGAAUGUGGGAAAGCCUUCAGUUAUCCUUCAACCUUCCGAAGACACGUGAUAACACACACUGGGAAGAAGCCCUGUAAGUGUAAACAAUGUGAAAAACCCUUCAGUUAUCCCCAGUCUUUUCAAAGACACUAAAAGACUCACACUAGAGAGAAGCCCUAUGAGUGUAAGGAGUGUGGGAAAGCUUUCGGCCCUAAACCUUCCAUAUACAUGUGAGAGUGCAAAUUGGGGAGAAGCUGUUUAACUGUGGGCACUGUGAGAAAUUGUUCAGUUCCCCCAAGUCCUUCCAGGGGCAUGUGAGAACCCACACUGGAGAGAAACCUUACGAGUGCAAACAGUGCAGGAAAGCCUUCAGUUGGCCCUCAACCUUUUGAGAACAUGUGAGAAUUCACACUGAAGAGCAACUGUAUAAAUGUAAAAAUUGUGGGCAAGCCUUCACUUCUUCCAGAUCCUUCCAAGGCCACGUGCGGACCUACACCAGAGAGAAGCCUUAUGAAUGUACACAAUGUGGGAAAGCCUUCAGCUGGUCCUCGUCCUUACAGAAGCACUUGAGGAUGCACAUGGGAGAGACACCCCACAUGUAAACAGUGUGGGAAAGCCUUCAAGUGGCCCUCAUCCUUUCGAAACUAUGUGAGGAUGCACACUGGGUAGUAGCUCCAGAAAGGCAUGGAAUAUUUGAGAAAUUUGUUAAGUCAUACUUUUUAGAGGGGAGUUCCAUAAUUGUAAGUAAUGUUGGAAAACCUUGCACUGAUUUAUAUAUAAUACUCCAGAAAAUUCAUGCCAGGAAAGAAAUAUAGAAGCUAUAAAUAUGG